CCCAAUCCCUUUCCAAAUUUCCCCGCAAUGCCGAUUCCCAAGCCCGCCGCUCUCAAGCACAUUGUCAAGCGCUGCUCCAGCUUAGGCCGGAAGCAAGACGCCGCCGCUACCGCCACCGCCUACGACGGCGUUCCCAAGGGACAUUUCGCCGUCUACGUCGGCGAGAAUCGGAGCCGAUAUGUCGUCCCCAUUUCCCUCUUGACUCACCCCGAUUUUCAGUGUCUCCUCCGCCUCGCGGAGGAGGAAUUCGGCUUCCACCACCAUAUGGGCCUCACUAUUCCUUGUGAAGAGGUGGUUUUCCGCUCACUCACCGCCGCUCUCAAAUGAACCCACCACCGCCAAAAUGCACAAAUCCCUCCAUUCUUUUUUAUUCAUAGUAUUAUUAUUUUUUCCCUUUUAGAGGGGGUUUUUUUUUUUAACUACAGUUUAUCACGUGUCGAACGUUUUUUCUUAAAAAAAAAAAGAACGGGUGUAGCUCAAAAUGUGUUCGUAAGUACUACCCGAUUUAGUUCUUUUAGUGUCGAGACAAAGACGAUAGCUAUUUUGACUUAUGAGCUAAGCUCGGUGUAAAAUAGGGUUUGUGUUUUUGUGUAAAUAUUUAGUAGCA